GAAAAAAGUUUAAAUUUCAUUUUUAAUUGAGAAUUGUACAAGUAAUUUAACAAUUUCUUAUUUUAAAAUAGGUUUAAAAAAAAAUGCUCAUGUUACAAAUGUCAAUGGUCAAGUUCAUUCAGCUAUAAAAGGUUGCCAAAACCAAAUAUUAAAAUUUUAAAAAUGCUAAGAACUUUAUGGAUUAUUUAAGAAUGUGAAAAAAUAAAUACUUUGUUUUUAAUAAAGUUUUUAAACGCUAUAUACAGGAAAAUAAGUUUACACUUCAAGUAAACAUCAGCACAGCAAAUGACUGGUGUCAGACCCAUAGUUAAAGUGCUCUCCUCCUCGAUUCUCAUCCGAAUGAAGGAGGUCGGCGGCAAGCGCGCGCGCCAUUUUCUAAACAAAAAACUGUUUUCGAGUGAACAAAAAUGUCUGAUUCUGCAGUUGCAACGUCCGCGUCCCCAGUGGCUGCCCCACCAGCGCCAGUUGAGAAAAAGGUGGCUGCCAAAAAGGCAACUGGAUCUGCUGCCACAAAGGCAAAGAAGCCGACUGCACCACCAUCGCACCCGCCAACUCAGCAAAUGGUGGACGCUUCAAUCAAGAACUUGAAGGAACGUGGCGGCUCAUCGCUUCUGGCAAUCAAGAAAUAUAUCGCUGCCACAUACAAAUGCGAUGCCCAAAAACUGGCUCCAUUCAUCAAGAAGUACUUGAAAUCGGCCGUGGUCAAUGGAAAGCUGAUCCAAACAAAGGGAAAGGGUGCGUCUGGUUCAUUUAAACUGUCGGCCUCGGCCAAGAAGGAUCCCAAGCCAAAAGUUGCGUCUGUUGAUAAAAAGGUCAAAAGCAAGAAGUUAACCGUUAAGAAGACCGGUGUCACCGCCAAGAAAGCUGCCGGAGCUGCUGACAAGAAGCCCAAAGCUAAGAAGGCCGUGGCCAUAAAAAAGACCGCCGAGAAAAAGAAAACCGAGAAGGCAAAAGCCAAGGAUGCCAAGAAAACUGGAACCGUGAAGGCAAAACCAGCAGCAACAAAGGCCAAAACUACCGCAGCGAAACCGAAGGUGGCCAAAGCAUCCAAGGCCAAACCAGCGGCGUCAGCUAAGCCCAAAAAGGCGAUAAAGAAAGCAGCUGCUCCUGCUACCGCUAAGAAGCCGAAAGCAAAGACUACGGCUGCUAAGAAGUAAACUGGAAAAGUACAGUAUAUGUACCUGUCCGCGCUCCGAAUCGCAAUUUUAGAUUUUCAAAUCUGAAAUAAGUUUAAACAAGCCCUUUUCAGGGCUACAACGUU